AUGGCGGAGCAGAAGCCCGAAUUCCUACGCUUCACAGGCCACCGGCAUUUUGCGCAGCGGCUGGUGCUGUCGACGCUGUCGGGUCGGCCGGUGCACAUCUCCAAGAUCCGCAGUACGUCGGCGACGCAUCCGGGGCUGGCCCCACACGAAAUCUCGCUGCUGCGCCUGAUUGAGGCCGUCACCAACGGCAGCGCCAUCGACGUGUCGUACAGUGGUACCACCGUCGUCUACCAGCCGGGCCUAAUCACCGGCACCGUAGCCGGCGCCGGUGCCUCCGUCGGUGACAUAGUCGAGCACUCGCUGCCCGCCAACUGCAACCGCGGCGUCACCUACUUCCUGAUGCCGCUGGCCCUCCUAGCCCCCUUCUCCAAGGCUCACGUCAACGUGCGGUUCUCCGGGCCGGGCGUCAUCACCGCCGCGACCCACGUCACUGGGGACGUGUCGGUCGACACUUUCCGAACCGCCGUGCUGCCGUUGUACGCCCUGUUCGGGAUCCCACCCACGCGCAUCGAGCUGCGCGUGCUGGCGCGCUCCUGCGCAGGGCCUGGUGGCCGUGGUGGUGGUGGCGUUGUCGAGCUGCGCUUUGCCAGCCAGGUGCGCCUGCCCAAGACGCUUCACGUCAACCGCCGCCCGGGCCGCAUACGGCGCAUCCGCGGCGUCGCCUACUGCACCGGCGUGUCUGCCAGCCACAACAACCGCAUGAUCCACGCUGCGCGCGCCGUGCUCAACGCCCUCGUGUCUGACAUACAUGUCGCCGCCCAGUACGACCCGUCCCCGCUCGUCGCCACCGACAAGAACGCCCCGGGCAAGAAGAGGAAGCUCGGCAUUGGCUUCGGGCUCAGUCUGGUCGCCGAGUCGAGCGCCCAGGGCGUGCUGUACGCAGCCGACGAGGUGGCGCCCCCUGAGGGAGGCGUGGUGCCCGAGGACGUCGGCGCACGGUGUGCUUACCAGCUGCUCGAGCUUAUCUCACAAGGCGGUUGCGUAACCUCUACCGCAUCAUCCACGGUACUGACACUAAUGGCGAUGGGGUCCGAGGAUGUAGGCCGGCUGAGGCUUGGACGGAACGUUGUGGGUAGAGACGAGACAAUAGCCCUUGCAAGAGACCUCAAGACAUUCGGCGCAAGCAGUUGGGGAGUACGCGAUAUCGACGACGAUGACACUGGUGAUGUAAUAGUUUCGGUGAAGGGCACAGGAGUGGGCAAUGUUGGGCGCAAAGUAGCGUGA